ACUACAGGGGGCCUUAUAUGCACAAAGGCAUACUACGUUUGAGCAGUAUAUUUCUUAUACACUCGGCCUACUUUUGUAGCACCUUCAGACUCAUCGGCACAAACAGGCUGCGCACUCUUUUUCCGCAAUCCCGUUUGUACGCCCCAACUCUUGUGGCGUGGGUGAAGGAUCAACCAGCAGACUUGCAAGAGACGUUUGGAGACCGCUUUCAAGAUAGUGACCACAAAGAAGGACAAAAAGAACACAUGGCUCGUAAAACCACAGCAGAUCCUAUCAAAGAUAGCAGCACUAAGGUCAGUGCUGCCAAAAAAGCUUCUCCUAAGAAGAAGGCCGAGGCACCGGGGAAAAGCAGGAGCGGUACGAAUUCUGUGAUACAGAAUACGAAAUUGAGUGCUGAAAAUAAAGCUGAAAGAGAAUUCAAGACCCCACGUCGGUACAAGGAAGGAAGUACAAAACAAAAAACACGAAGAGGCAAAAGUCCUGAAGAUCUUGAGGACGAUGUGGAGGUGAUGGCGGAGAAAGUGGGAAUCGAGCUACCUGAGGACGAAAAGCAGAAAGAGGAGGAGGUGGAAAGUGCCAUCGAAGCGACGAGCGAUCGCCCAUACCGCGAGUAUUCCAAACAAGGCGCCCUUGAGAGCAAGGUUACAAAUGAAAAGAAUCGUCCGUUGGCCGACGCCUUAUAUGAGCUGGCCGACUUCGUGCUGCACGGUGACGCGAUUCAGAAGGGGCUGAGUUACCAGAAAGCAGCUAAAUCAGUACGUGAGGCGAAGCAACCUAUCACAUCCAAAGAUGUAGCCAUCAAAUUGACAGGGGUUGGGAAAAGCGUGGGUGAUAAAAUCGAAGAGUACGUGAAGGAAGGGAAGAUCCAGGUGCUGGAAGAGUACCGAAGCGGAAAACGAGGCAAGUAAGGAUAGGGCUCCCGUGUGAAGAAUGGUGCGAAACGAGAGAAGACACACGUAGAUGGACGAAUCCAGCUACGGCGAUACAAAUGCGUAAGAUGUGUUGGUGUAUUGAAUUGAGGGAAUGGUUGCAUGCUGGUUGCUCCAGAUUUGUCUGAAAUGGUAGUUUGAGGAGGAAGCUCAAUUGAGAAGAACAUGUGCUUCGGAUUGCAAGCUUGUAUACUUGUAAAAGACUGAAAAAAAUCUGACCACACAAAAGUGGUGUUAGUUUUUCAACAUUUGGGUGCUGCAUUUCUCCUCGGCAUGUUUUGAGCCUUCUGGGUGAAGCUUGGGAUGUGACCCACGGGUUUGAGGAGAAAGAAAUAAAAAAUGAAAGUAGUGAUCCGC